AUGUUCAGGAUAACAAAUUUGGCACUGAACGCCAGAACUAUAUUGUACCGCCGUCACCCCAUCGAAAUCCAAGCAGCCAGCGUCACCCAUAUUCCCCCUCUCCACAAGAAGUACAGCCCAGCUGAGCGCGAGACCUGCCCCCCUCCACCGCCGCCGCCACCUCCCCCUCCUCCCGAUCAACGCCUGCUUUGGAGUACGAUAGCAUUGAUGGUACUGACUGGAGGAUUCGCUGUUUUCGCCCAGAAAUCGCCACAAGUUCGCGAUUGGCUAUCUCUGAACGCGCCAUGGUUUGACGACUUCAUAGCUGUUUUGUACCAAGAGAACAUGACAUACAAGGAGUUUGUGAUGAAACUCAUUAAUGAUGUUAAAAGUGGGAAGAAGGUAGACGAUAAGAGGCCGAAGGAGUGCAGUUUGGACGGGAAGCCUGUGGGUUCUGAAAAUGGCGAGAUCUGUGAUAUAGUCCCGCCCCCCGGGAGCGUGGACAUCUGCGACGUGGAAAGAUGCCUGAAGGAGUACAGUGAAGCCAUCAUUCACAACCUCAUCACUGCUAGAGAUGCUUGUGCUUUCUAUAAUAAGGAAGUGGAAGAAGCAAUGAAAGACUUCAGUAUAGACUGCCUGGCCAAGCUGAACGAGUAUAAGACCGAGAGAGAAGAUCUUGUGCAGACCUCUUUUGAUAAUAUCGAAGCAACGACAGUCAAACUUGAGCAAGUCACUCGCUAUUUCGAAUGCGGGUUGAAAGCCACCAAAGCGGAGAAGGACUGCACUCAAGUCAUUCUAGACGACUUCCGUGAUAAGAUAAAGAUAGCAGACGCAGAGUACCAGUGGCAGAACGAUAAGAGUGUGGCUUUGGAUGGGCUUUUGUCGCGGGUGGAAGAGUUUGUGCUCACGUACACCGAGGAGAUAGCCACCCUGGUCCCAGGUGUGGACUUCAAAUCUCCAAAACCAGCAGCCAAGAUGGUGGGAGAUCCAGACAUCCUCUUGUUUCACACGUACAGAUACUUAAAACAACUGGAAGCGGCCAUAGCAGAAGGGAAUGAGCAAAUGGAACACAGAGUGGACCGCGGAAUGGCAACAUUGCCUGCUGACAAUGAAAAGGUGGUUAGAGCGAGAGAAAAGAACGUGGCGGCGGGUGUAUAUAAACUGAGAAAGGAAAUGGAUAGAGAGUUUGCUAAACGGCUCUACGACCAGCAGACGGCAAAUGCAAAGGCUUUGAAAGAUGCGUUAAAAAAGCAAGCGGAUAAGCAUGAAGAAACUACUAAAGUAAAACUGGCGCAGAAGGAGAAAGAGAGCUUAGUGACCUUGAACAAAAUGGUGGCUGAAAAAGUUGCCUCGGAGAUGAAGAAUUUCGCGCUUCAACUCAAAGAAAUGGAGAACAAGUUGAAACUUGUCGAAGAUAAACUGAGAGAGCGUCUAAGAGUAGAACGCGAGACGAAAAGGGCUCAAGAGUUAUGGAUGGCGGGCUCGGCACUCCUGGCUGCGACCAAGAAAGGAGGCCCUGUCGUUAAAGUGGACAGAGAGAUCAAAGCCAUUGAGAGGGCGUCUAGUAAAGAAGACAAACUGAUGCAAACCGUACUGAAAGCGAUACCGCAGUCGGUACGGGAGAACGGACUCGUCCCUGAAAAUAUUCUCAAAACUAGAUACAAACAAAUGGAGACGGUGGCCAUGAGGGUGGCGCUGGUGGAGUCGGACGGAGCGCCGCUGCCGGUCUACUUGCUGUCAUUCGUGCAGUCUUUAUUUCUUUUUAUGAAGUUAUCCGGAAUCCCUCGCGCAGAGAUUGAGAAGCCUCCGCCGGAGCCUUCCAAAGAUUUGGAUACGUUCGAUUUGUUGCAAAGAGCUAGGUUUUGGGUAGAACGCGGCAACUUGGCCUUAGCGUUGCGUUACGUGGACUCCUUGCAGGGCGCGUCCCGGGCGGCCGCCGCGUGGUGGUUCGAGGCCGCUCGGGACCACCUCGAGACGAGGCAGGCGGCCGAGGCGAUAGUCGCGCAUGCCGCAGCCCUAGGGCUCCAGAACAUUUAG